AUGAGGAACGAGGAUAUCUUUAAGGGUUGUGCCACGUGGAAUAUGAUUAUUUUGUUUGUUCUGUUUGGGAAGUUCAGUCGUAUUAUUUCGGUGCACAGAGCUGUUACAGUAUGUGAUAUUGAUCGCUUGUCGGACGAGGACGAGGAGAGCCAGGACAACGAGGGUUUCGGCGUCUCCAGUGGCCGGAGCAUUUACGAGAAUACACGAAAGGGGGCAGAUCACAGUGGCACAAGGGGAACUGAGAAGUUACAAGUAACGAAGUUACAUGUCGAUGAGGAACGGGAAAGGAUUGCCGGGCAACCGAAAGCAACAGAUGUGCAGCAGUACAGGAGUGGUUCGAGAUCUAGUACGGCAAGUAGCGAGAAUACUUCUUCUGUUGGCAACUUCCUUGGCCAACGCCGGGAGGCUAUUCAAGUGACCCACACCAGGGAUCAUUGUACUACAAAAUCCAGCGAUCCAAAGCCACAGGAAAGCAAGAAGGCUGCUGAAUCGUACGAAAAAGCUGUGCAACGGGAAGAAGCCGAAAGAUUUCCCGAAGAAGUGGGUCCUCCGAAAUCCUUUAGCGAAACAUCUAUCGCGAAGAAAGAGAUAUGCAAACAACCGGAUGAACAGGUUAAUUCCAAAUCAGCCUGGCAAACGAGUACUGCCCCGAACAAUGGUCAGGAAGGGAGCGAAGAACCAGGGAGAGCGGAUAAUAACGAUGGCUGGGACGAUGAUUGGGAUUUCGAUGAGCCUCCUGUAACAGCGACCAGUGGCUCUGGGACGCAAGCUUGCAACAACUCGGAACAGCAGGUUAAUUAUGCUUUUGUAAAAUGUUAUAUCUUUCUAACAACAGUACUACUGUUACUACACCUUCCCAGUGAAGGCUUAACAAACAUAAGCAGUGUGGUUGAAGCGGGUCUUGGAUUGCCUUCACCGGAAGAAUUAGCAAAAUCUGAUGCUCAUGAAAAGCCUGCGAAUGAUGCUGCCGCCGUCGAGUCUUUUUUACUGAAUUUGUUCCACUUCCAGAAAACUGAGGAAACAGGGGUUGGUAUAUCGUCAUACGGUAAACUUUUUGCGGGUUUCGGGACGAAUGUUGUCGCAGGCUCGCUUGAUGUACUGGAAGCACUUGGCAAGAAGACCUUUGAAAAACUGACCGUAUCCGAGGAGUCUUUUUUUUUACUGAAUCUGUUCCAAUUCCAGAAAAAUGAGGAAACAGGUGUUGGUAUAUCGUCAUACGGUAAACUUUUUGCGGGUUUUGGGACGAAUGUUGUCGCAGGCUCGCUUGAUGUACUGGAAGCACUUGGCAAAAAGACGUUUGAAAAAUUGACCGUAUCCGAGGAGGGAACCAGUAAAAGGCGAUUUAUUUUCGAGCCCGAAAGAGGACAAAACUUGUCAGAAGUUCUGAGAGAACUGCGCGAAAGUCACACGGACCAGCCGGAGCCUGAAAACAACAGCUGCGUCACGAAGCGUGGUUUAACAUUCGUCGACUUUUUUGAGAAAUCCGGUGGCUUAACUCAUUUGGAAGGACUGGAAAUGCUGUCGAAAAAUCACCUGAGGAAAAUUCCAUCGCACAGGAGAAGAGAAGUAGACGAGGUGUUUGAGGAAGAAUUAGCAAAUACGCUUGAAGACUAUCAGGACGAGGAGAAGCACUUCGUCGAAAAGUUCGAGGAGAUUUUGAAAGCCAUGGCUCUUCCUUACAACGGUUCAAGUUUGCUGGACUGCGACAGGCGUUGCCAGGAACGUUUGCAAAGGUUACCAGAUUCCGGUGAACAAAGUUUCGAGUUUUUCUUAGGUAUUUCAUCCUUCUUUGCUUGA